AUGUCGGACUCCGAGGCAGCAGUGAAUUCGGGGAAAGGGGUAGGGAUCCAGAGAGCGGGGGAAGACGGGGGAGGACAAGGAAUGGGCGUGGCUCGCGAAGACACGAGGGGGACGAUCAUGUACUCCGUGGACAGUGUACCCCCGAUUCACCUCACCAUUCUGUUUGGAUUUCAGCAAGCUUUGAUGCUAGUGGGAGGUACCAUUUCUUUGCCCUUCAUUCUAGCCUCUUUGUUCUGUCCAGAAAAUGAGAACCAAGUGCGAUCGCAGCUGCUAAGUAUAACCAUGUUCAUGUGCGGGAUCGCCACCAUUCUACAAUGCCUUAUAGGUGUCAGAUUACCCAUUAUACAGGGCGGCUCCCACUCGUUUGUAGCGCCCAUAAUGGUGAUGAUGUCACUAGAACAAUUCAGAUGUCCAGCAAGCAGUGACGUGUUGUCUGGCACUAACAAUACCGACAUCAGCUGGGAAGUAAGAAUCCGAGAGGUACAGGGUAACCUAAUUCUAGCCUCAGUGACCCAGGUACUGCUUGGUAGCUUGGGUUUGAUUGGCGUUAUUCUGAGGUUCGUGGGACCUCUAACAAUUGCUCCCGUCAUCUCACUUAUUGGACUGUCCCUGUCUAAAGUGGUAUCCGACUUCUGCGACAAACAGUGGGGGAUAUCGUUACUAACCCUUGCGUUGUUACUCCUGUUUUCAAACGUGAUAAACAAAGUCCAAGUUCCGGUUCCGGCCUUUUCCAUCAAGAAGAAAUGUCACAUGACCAAACUUCCAAUCUUCCAGCUCUUUCCAGUGGUUCUGACUAUCGCCAUCGUUUGGUCGUUUUCCUUUAUUUUGACUGAGACUGGUGUAUUUCCUAGUAACAGCACAGAGCCUGCAUUCAGUGCCAGAACGGAUUCUAAAGUCAGCAUUUUAUAUGAAGCUCCUUGGUUUAUGUUUCCGCUUCCUCUGCCCUUUGGAAUACCAACAUACAGCGUUGCUGGGUAUAUGGGUAUGAUGGCUGCAACCUUUUCUUCCAUUUUUGAAUCUGUUGGAGAUUAUUUCGUAGCUGCGCGGUUGUCCGAGGUACCUAAUCCGCCUGCGCACGCAAUCAACAGAGGUAUUGCUAUAGAGGGUUUAUCGAGCAUCAUAUCCGGUUUGAUGGGACCAGGGCAUGCGACCACGUCAUACAGUAACAAUAUCGGGAUAAUUGGAAUUACAAAAAUUGCCAGUAGAAUGGUGUUUGUUACGGCUGGAGCAAUCCUUGUAUUGUGUGGAGUAGUUGGAAAAGUCGGCGCAGCCCUGGCAAUGAUUCCCGAUCCAAUCGUCGGGGGAACUCUCCUUCUGGGACUGGCUAUGGUAGUUUCCGUUGGAAUAUCUGUGUUACAGUUUUGUGAAAUGUUCUCCACAAGAAACAUCACAAUCCUUGGGUUAGCCUUCUUGAUGGGUAUCAUGAUCCCCGAGUGGUUGGUUGAAAACGAGGAUAAAGUUAAAACAGGUUCUGAAGAUGUAGAUCAGGUGAUCAAAGUUCUGUUCGGUACGGCUCCCUUUACAGGAGGUUUCAUUGGAUUCUUCUUAGAUAAUAUUAUUCCUGGUACGGAGUAUGAGAGAGGAAUAAAGCGCUGGAUUGAAACAGAAGAUCCGUCAAUGAUGAAAAACGAGACACUAGAUGUGUAUUCCUUCCCUCCUUUGAAAAAGUGCCUGGAUAGAUUGGCAUGCUGCAGGUACUUCCCCUUGUCUCCAACUUUCACCUCUCCAAGAUCACCAUGUUGGACUGAUAAAUAUGAAAUGAACACUGAGAAUAGUACUGAAAUUAACCUAAAGGACGUAAAAAAUGUAUGAUUAUUAUUUAUUAUUAUGUUUAUUCAGAUAAAGGCACGUUAGACAAAGAAUAGCAACGGAUAUGACAUAAUAUCACAUAAAAUAACACAUUCUAUAAAUAAUAUCACAUUUUGCAUUUACAGUCACAGAUUGGACUUUAAAAAUUGUCCCAGCACUAGGCGCACUUAAAAAACAAAAAUAAAUACUGCCCUUUAUCUUGGAUAACCCAAAAAAGCCGACAGGCUUAUUUCCAUUGGGGUCCAUUUUAGGAAUUUUACAAUGAUGACUGACACAUGGUACGCUAAUGGAAUUCCAUUUGUUUUUACACUCAAAUAAUGAUGCUCCAAUACAAGAUAUCAAUUUUACCGCGUUCACUAUAUAUAAGCAGUCUUCUACUUAGAUCGAAAAUUUGCAAAGAAAGUUGGAUGCGUCCGCUCAAAUGUCAACCAAAAAUCAUCAAAUUUCCAAACAAUGCGUAGCUUAUCUUCUGAUAUUGCAAUAUUUUAAAAAGUUUUACAUGCCUUCGUGGCACUAAGGUUCAAACGAAUGAUGUUCAAAUUCUUGUCACAAAAAGUUGGAAUUGUAAUGAAAACACAGUGUUUUAAAAUCCUUUUGCAAAGAUGAUUUAAAUAUCAUAAGCACAAGAAAAUAUGUACUAAGCACAUUAUAUAUAAAAUGUAUUAUUGAUGGCAAUGUAUACAUGAUAACCUAAUGU